AUGUCUGAUUCAAAUACUAUACCCACCAUCAAGGUUGACAAUCUACAAACAAAGGAUUCAGUACCAACAACAACGACAACAACAACAUCAUCAGCAACAGCGUCAGUAGAGAAUAGUCCUAAACAGACUUGUAAAGAUAAUGACCAUUCAAGUUUAACAACAACAACAGCAACAACAGUUGUGAAUGGACACGAUUCACAACAACAACAACAACAUGUAGCACCAGCAUUGACCAAACUGCCACUAUCACCUGUAUCAACAAAACUACCAUUAUUUUCAUCGACAUCAUCAACAACAUCAUCAACAACAUCAUCCAACGUUGGCAAUGAGCAUGUGACUGCUCCAUUGACACCAACUACACCCACGUCUCCCAAUCCAACACUCAUUCCUCAGGCUGACCUCUCAAGGUACUUGAGAGAGAUUGAGUGUAAUGCACCACAGUCUGCCAUCCAAGCAUUGAAUGAACUGAUGGCAAGUGCACAGACUAAACAACUAUCUAAUGAUGCAACCUUACAAUUGUUGCAAUGGAUACCAAAGUAUAUAUUUAGCGUCCUCAAUCUUAGGAAUAGUAACAGUAAUAACAGCAGUAUCAACACUAGCUUGAGUGCAGAAACAAAGCUCAGCAUCAUCUCAUUCUUCCAACAAUGUAUAUACACGACAAUAAGCUGCCUUAGAUAUGAUGUGGCAGACCUCUGGCUGGGCUUUGCUCGCAUGUUCAACCUGCAGCACUCUUUCUACUCGACGAUCAAGUUUGACUCUAUUGAGAAGGAGGCAUUCGCCGGCAAGGAGUCACUCUAUUUCAAGAAACCAGACACUGUCCACUCGAUGUUCUACUAUCACAAUCUCAUGCUACUUGAAGAGAGCAACUUCUUCCAGCUGAUCUUGGAGCACGUGACCACGCGCCAGGUCUCCCUGGCCAAGCUGCGGGCCAUCAUGAAGACCUUUGUAAACAUCAAGGACAACAUCAACCUGGUCUUCCUCAAUCACUACGUGCCACAGCUCAAGGACGCCCUCUUUGCCUUCCUGCCCGACCUCUUCUUUGAGGAGCUGCCACCACUGGAGAAGGAGGCAUUCAAAGAGGUCUGCAACUCCAUUCAACACUUGCUGGCCACAAUCAUGCCUCAGGCAGAUAUCACCAAGGCCUUCCAGGAGUUUGACUUGAAUCGCGCACUAAAGAGCUUCCAGAGUGUCAACCUGGAGCGCAAGCUACGCGGUCUGCGCUUCAUCAAGAAGAGUGCCAAGUGGACGCUGAGCAGUAGUGAGCAGUCAUCCAAGGGUGCCUUUGGUCUGGGUGGAUGGCUCAAGAAGCCGAGCACCAAGUCGUCGCCGUCAGUGGUGAAGAAGCCCAACGAUUUCAUUCAGAAUGGAACAACCACCAACAACACAAGUAAUGCUGUUGGUGGAAACAACAACAACAACAACUCACCAUCCAAUGUUGAUCAACAACUACUUCUCACAUGGACACUAAAGAAUGAGAUUGUGGAGAGCUUCUGUUUGAUAUCCGAUCAACCAGAUAUCAUUCGUAACGGACUGCCCGUGAUGAUAUUCCUGUGUCAGAACAACAAGCUGAGCAACACCCAUCUGGAGCUGCUCUGGAACUCAUCGAUCGGCAAGCACGAGUCCGUCAGGAGCACAAUAUACAACGCGUUGCUCGACCUCGUUGGCUACCUGCAUCUAGAGCAGCUGGACCAUAUCUACGACGUCAUCAACAAGACCAUCUCGACACUAAAGUCCAGCGAGUUUGACAACGAUCUGCAACAAUUCCUGUACAACCUCUCGAUGAUCUCAAUUCAGCAUCCAGACAACAGCGACCUGUCCGCCAACCAUAAGUGGUACGGCGUGGACCUCUUCUGGCGUCUGAUGCAAGACGGCAACACCGUCGGCUCUGGAGAUCAGGUGCUCUGCAUGCGAUCGCUGCCCCUACUCGUGGCCCUACUGCGUCUGCCCGAGUGCGCCACACUGCGCACACAAUAUAUCGAUCAGUGCGUGGAGAAUCUACGCACGUUCAACUCUGUACAUCAGUCACUGUCACUCAUCAUCAGCAUCGUGGAGUUGUUUCCCAAGAAGCAGCAACGCGGCGUGCUCGAGUCGCUCGAGAGCAAGCACAAGAUAUUCGACCUGUUCUUCAAGGAGAUCUCACACUACAAGAAGGUUGUGAUGGGUCGUUCCGCUGGACUAAGUUUGUCAUCGGUGGAGGCACUCAACCUGGCGGUCAUUUUCGGGCUCUUCCCACACAUCCAACAGAUUCAGGGACGCUUGGAGUUCCUUGAGUACAUCAUCUCGCAGACAUCCAUCAUGCUCAACAUCCAACAGGUCGACCUUCUGUGGGACGCACUGGUUCGCGACGCCAUGACCCCAGAGGAGAAGGAGAUCUGCUUCGCCUGGCUCAAGAACACCAAGUUGCAGGGAAAGGAGCGUAUUGCCUUCCCUGAGCAGGUGGUCCGUCAUCUAUUCCUCGAGAAGAUGUCCAACCUAGACUGGAGCAGCAUGGGCCUGUCCUCUUACUGUGUGUUUGAACGGUACUUCUUCUACAUCAACGAGAAGAGCAAUAAGAUCAAGAAGAUUCAGGGUUCAAUCUUUACUGGCGACCUGUUUGCUCAACAACUUGGUCUGCCAACGACAAAGGCCAAACAGUUGUCCUCUCCAGCACAGUCCCCAGCCAACUCUCCAAGCAUGUCAUCAGCAUCACCCCAACAAAUGCCACCGCUGAUGCAGGGCAUCAAUCCAUCGAUGCAGCCAUCAACCGCUGGAUCAUCCAAUGACCCGUCAAAGGCCACAUCCAAUGACUUUUCACCAAGUGACUAUUACUUGGUCAGUCUGGAGCUUCUCGGUAUCUCACAGCUUUGGUCUGCAGCACUGAGCUCACUUUGCAUUGAGGUCAGCGACCAGGCCAUCAUCACGCUCAACACGUUGUAUCUCAGCGGUGACAAGUCCAACAACAAGUUCAAGGAGGAGUACAUCAAGACGUGUAUGGACAACAUCACUAAGUCACUGGCCACCGCCACCACCAGUGCCACCUCUGUGAAUCGCAUCUGUCGUGCACUGCUCAUGAUUAAAUCAUUUGCCAACUGCGAGUACAAACAGUCCGAGGCCGCCGACAGCAAGGCGAUCAACAAACUCAAGUCACCGCUCUUCUUCUCUUCCAACGCACCUGUCAACCCUCCUCUGAUGCCAUUCUUUGUCAAGUUGGAUCGAGGAGACAGCUACGUGAUCUCAGACAUCACCGGCACCGAUACACUCAGAAUGCUCAAGCGCAAGGUGGCCUGUAUGUAUGGCCAACCAAAGCCUCCAGUCCGCUCACUCAAGGUGUUCCUUGGUGAGAAGGAGCUCAAGGACGAUGACAAAUGCAUGGAGGAGUUCAAGAUAUUCGAUUCGGCUGGCUCACAAAACUAUCCCAUUCUUAUCAAGAAGUCGUCGCAGUCCAGUAUUCAAACGACAUCGACAUCCAAUGGUACAUCGACAACUCCUUCCACUCCUUCAUUAGUGGGCAGCAGCAGUAGCAAUGGUGGUGGAAAGGAGGACGCAAAGAAGGACAAGAAGGCAAAGAAGGACAAGAAGGUGGACAAGGAAAAGACAAAGGCUGGUGAGCAAGACGUCGAGUCUACCACACCGGACGAUGACGAUGACUUGGUCGACCUACUUGAUGAUACGCCCCUCGUAACCAUGGCAUUGGAGACGUUGCAGAACCAACUUGGUGGAUGUGGACUCACCGGUGACCUGCAGUUGCGUAAGGUCCAGGAGACCAAGUCCAAGAGCAUUGGCACCAAGAUCAAGUCUGAGAACUCAUUGGUGACGAUCAUUUCAAAGCCAGUCUACUUUGAUCAGAUAUUCAAUCUACUGGACUUUGACAAUGAAAUUGCAGAGAAUGCAUGGGUGUUGUUGGGUGAUCUACCCAUCAACUCCAAGGUGCUUAGUGAUAUAAAGGCAUUCAAAGGUAAACAUUCAAUCACGAAUGAUGGUCUACCGGUUCACAGUUACUAA